UGCGAUGGCCGAAACAAAACGCGAAGAGCGCUAUUUCGAGAAAGCUGCCUUCCUUCCUCAAAAACCGUAAUAAUGGCGACGAAGAGCGCUUGCGAGAAAAAAUCGAUUUCAGUGCGAGAGGGAGAGAGCGCUAUCAAGGCGACGUGUGUGAUGUGUGCGCUUUGUGGUUUUCGGGGUUUUUGGUGCUUCAUAAGCAGUAGAGAGCCUGCGUGGAAAAAAUGUUAGUGCUAGUGCUUCGGGUGCUUCGGCUAGCAAGUAGAGAGAGAGAGAGAAAUGAAAAUCAAGACGAGUUGUCAUACUGGUCGUAUUUGUCGCUAGCGGUAGAGUAUGAAAUUACAUAAAACAGCAUAAGACAAAAGAUGAUAGAAGGUUUCAUUGCUGUGGAUAGAAAGAGAAAAAUACUGUUGUCGUGUGGGUGAAGAGAGGGUUGCCAGCAGUGUAGUUGACCAUAAAUCGAAUGAAAGAUGAUUCCUAUCUGACCAGAGAACGUAUGGAGGAGUUUACUUUGACCAGUCAUGCAAAACGUGAUAAAUUCGGUUAAGGGAACGGCUCUGGGGGUAGCCGAAUAUUUGACUCCAGUACUGAAGGAAUCGAAAUUUAGGGAGACCGGAGUGCUGACGCCGGAAGAAUUUGUAGCCGCUGGUGACCAUCUGACUCAUCACUGUCCUACCUGGGCUUGGGCAGUUGGGGACGAAAGCAGAAUAAAGCCCUAUCUGCCAAAGAAUAAACAGUUUCUCAUCACGCGGAACGUACCCUGCUAUAGGCGCUGCAAACAAAUGGAAUAUGUGGGCGAGGAGACGUUGGUUGAGGAAAGUGACCAGGAUGGGGGUUGGGUGGAAACACAUCACUACAAUCCGGAUGAACCCUCCGGAUCCGGUUUGGAGGAGAAGGUUUGCGAAAUGACACUGGAUGGUUCCAAAACGGAUGAUGACGUUGCUGUCGAUAUGGACGAUCUAAAAAAUCUGGAGGAAGAUGAGGAAGACGAUGAGGAAGGUGCAGCCAUCGAUAUGGAUGAAUUUGAAGAAAGCGGUCUGCUGGAUGAAGAUGAUCCGUCUAGAGCGACCGUGCCAGUGGAGAACGUGAAGAAAAAGUCUACCGAAACCGAGGGAGACUCGGUAGUGCACACAAGAACUUACGACUUGCACAUCACCUACGACAAGUACUAUCAGACGCCUCGUUUAUGGGUGGUGGGCUACGAUGAAAACCGUAAACCGUUAACAGUGGAGCAAAUGUACGAAGAUGUCAGCCAGGAUCAUGCUAAAAAGACCGUUACAAUGGAAACGCACCCCCACCUACCAGGUCCGAACAUGGCGUCCGUGCAUCCUUGCAAGCAUGCGGAUAUUAUGAAGAAAAUCAUCCAAACUGUCGAAGAAGGUGGAGGUGAACUGGGGGUUCACAUGUAUCUCAUCAUAUUUCUCAAGUUUGUUCAAACGGUCAUUCCAACGAUCGAGUAUGAUUUUACGCAAAACUUCAACAUCACAAAUAAGUAAAAUACCGCUUUGCAUGUACCGGCUCGCUACUCAUGCUCUCGAUAGUUGAGAAGAGAACAAAGAACAGCCAGCAUUAUCGUCGCCAUACGAACGACGCUCAAAUGCACAUUACUAUUAUGAUUCAACUAGCUUCUUGUGCGUCAUUUUCCAUUAGAAGCUUCAAUAGUUGAUGCCACUUUAUAGUUUUUUUUCUUUCGAUCGAAGCUUGUUGUGAGCUGCAAACACCAUGAUAUUAUAUGAGAGGAAGUAAAAGAUGUUAACAGGGCAAUACAACGUUGGUAUCGAAUUGUACGAAGAUGGUCGAUGUGAAAAUAUUUUGAAUACAUGAAAUUAAUAUAUGAUGAAAUAUAUUUGAGUACAUAUUAUAA